AUCGGAUAUUACCCUUGUUUAUGAAGGAUUUAAGUCUGCGAUGUGAAGUCUUUAUUAUGGGCGAGUUUUCCCGCACGCUCCGCACCACUUCCGUUCUUCCCAUCUGCAAUAUCCAAAUUCCGAAUCAAGCUACAAUAACAACACCAUGAAUGGCAGCAGCAAUCGCCCGCCUUUGAACAUAGCCGUUAUAGGCGCUGGAAUUGUUGGUGCCCACAUUGCAAUUGGUCUUCUGCAUAGAAAUAUCCAGGUUACCAUCUACGAACAAUCGACCCAAGUCAAGGAGAUUGGCGCCGGAAUUGCAUUUCCCACGCCGAUAGUUGAGUGCAUGACUGCUUUGGAUCCCGUCGUAACAGAACAGUUACAAAAAGUCUCUGGAGUUUUUAAAAACCUCAACGGCAUCAACGGCUGUAGCGACGAGGAUCUGAAACUUCGCCCGGCAGACCGGCUGUUUGACGUGGUAGUUGAACCAUUUACAUACCAUAGCACUCACCGAGGCCAGUUGCUAGAUGGUCUACUUGGGCUUAUACCACAAGAAUACAUAAAACUAGGAAAGCGUUUGGAGUCGAUUACACACAACGAAAACAAUCAAGGGCCUCUUCUUCUCCAGUUUUUUGAUGGCACCACGGCCGAAGCCGACGCAGUCAUAGGAUGUGAUGGUAUCAAAUCACAGGUUCGGCGCAUUGUCUUGGGCAAGGAUGAUCCAGCAGCUUUCCCUCACUACUCUUACACAAGUGCGUAUCGCGGACUGGUACCCAUGGAAAAAGCAGCAGCAGCUCUAGGAAAGCUCUCGAAAGAAGCUGUCUCAUAUUUAGGCCAAGGAGCGUCUUUGUUUACCUAUCCUAUCAUCAGCAAGAACGCUUUGAACGUGGUCGCUUUUGUACACGAUGAAGGUGAAUGGCCUGAUUCAAAAAAUUUGACCAUUCGAGGGAAGAAAGUCGAUGUUGUGGCAGCCUUCUCUCACUUCGGUCCUUCGGUAAGAGAUCUUGUAGCAGCUAUGCCUGAAGAACUCAAUCGCUGGGCCAUGUUCGACACCUUUGACCAUCCUCUCUCAACGUUCGCCUAUGGACGCAUCGUUCUCGCAGGAGAUGCUGCUCAUGCGUCAACACCCCAUCAUGGCGCCGGGGCCGGGAUGGGCAUCGAAGACGCAUUGGUGAUGGCGACGCUUCUGGAGAAAGUUGUGGGAACUCCAGGUCUGGAUGAAAGCUCUGAUGCCAGAAACAGAGCACUCGAGGCGGCUUUCAAGGCAUACGACUCUGUCCGGCGAGAGAGGGGACAAUGGGUCGUUUCCAGCAGCCGCUUUGCAGGCAUUUCGGCGCAGUGGCGCAGUCCUGGCAUUGGAAGCGACUCUACUUUAUACGCGAAAGAUCUUACAGAAAGAAUGAACAAGGUCUUUUCUUACGAUUGGAAAGGCUCGCUUAUUCAGGCUAUAGAUGAGUAUGAGCGUCAAUUAGGAGUUUGGGCUAGAUAGAGCACGCGACAUAGGACUUGAUAGAGCUUUCAUAUGACAGUUUGAGACUAUGCGAUUGCCUC